AUGAAUGUGGCCUUGAAAUUAAGGCUUGGCAAACAAGAUCCAGCGGCGGCAAACCCCGCAGCAUGGGCGCAGCUGCAGCAGCUCCCCCCGUCCGACCGCCUGCACACGGCGGUGCUUCCCAAAAGCGGAAGCCUGCAGGGCGGUGGCACGGCGACGGACGGCGGAAAGAAGGGGGCGGCAGCGGAGCUGGCGCAAGUGGACCUGCGCGCGCUGAGCCACGCGCAGCGGGAGCGGCUGGUGGAGCGCGCGCUGGAGACGCUCGAUCAGGACAACGAGGCGUUCCUUACGAAGCUUAAAGCCCGCCUCGACCGCGUGGGGCUGAGCGUGCCGGCGGUGGAGGUGCGCUUCGAGGACGUGCAUGUCGAGGCGGGCGUGUAUGUCGGCACGCGCGCGCUGCCCACGCUCCUCAACUUCACGCGCAACUCGCUCGCCGCCGCGCUGCACUCACUGGGCGUGGAGUUGGAUGCGCGCCGCCCGUAUCCGAUCCUGCACGGGUGCUCGGGCGUGCUGCGGCCGGGCCGCAUGACGCUGCUGCUGGGGCCGCCAGGCGCCGGCAAGUCAACGCUCUUGCAGGCGCUCGCGGGCUGCCCCGAUAAGUCGCUCAAGGUAUCUGGCAGCGUGACCUAUAACGGGCAUGCUCUUAACGAGUUCGUACCAGAGCGCACAGCAGUGUACGUGCCGCAGAACGACGAGCACAUCGGCGAGAUGACCGUCCGGGAGACCCUCGACUUCUCCGCGCGCCUGCAGGGCCCGGGGCUCAGGAAAGGUGCGCGUGUGCGCCUGUUGGGAGGGGGAAGAAUGGUGGGCUUCUGGAUGGGUGGGUUGCGCUGGGGUUUAGUGGCGGAGCUGGAGAGGCGCGAGGUGGAGCAGGGCAUUGUACCGGACCCUACUAUGGACGCCGUCAUGAAGCAUGAAGGUGAGGUGCUGUCAUGGCAGCAUGAAGGUGGGGUGCUGUCAUGGCAGCAUGAAGGUGAGGUGCUGUCAUGGCAGCAUGAAGGUGAGGUGCUGUCAUGGCAGCAUGAAGGCUUGGACAUCUGUGCAGAUACUGUGGUAGGGAAUAACAUGCUGCGCGGCAUCUCAGGCGGGCAGAGGAAGCGCGUGACCACAGGCGUGGCGCUGGUGGGCGGGCAGCAGGUGCUGCUGAUGGACGAGAUCAGCACGGGCCUCGACUCCUCCACCACCUUCCUCAUCACGCGCUGCCUGCGCCACCUCACGCACCUCCACGCCGCCACCACGCUCGUGGCUCUCCUCCAGCCUGCCCCCGAGACCUACGAGCUCUUUGACGACGUGCUGCUGCUCUCCGAGGGCCACGUCGUCUUCCACGGGCCCCGAGAGCAGGUGGUGCCGUUUUUCAACCAGCUGGGCUUUGAGUGCCCCGAGAGGAAAGGCGAGGCGGAUUUCCUGCAGGAGGUGACUUCUAUGAAGGACCAGGGGCAGUACUGGAAGGGGGGAGUGGCUGGGGCAGAUGGUGGGGUGGGCGGGAAAAGCCAGCCGUACCACUAUGUGCCGGUGCAGGCGUUUGAGGCGGCAUUCAAGGAGACGCAGAUCGGCAAGGCCACUGCUGCCCACCUCUCGGUGCCCUUCCCAAAAGAAAAGAGCCCUCCAGGUGCACUGGUGCAUAAGCGCUACGCUCUCCCUACCUCAGAGAAGUUCCGCGCAGUCUUCGCGCGCGAGUAUCUGCUUAUGCGCCCAACCCCCAUCUCCCAUCCCACCUUAUCCCCCCACCAGGUGCCCUACCCCAAGGAGAAGAGCCCCCCCGGCGCACUCGUCCACAAGCGCAACACCCUCCCAACCUCCGAGAUGUUCCGCGCAGUCUUCGCGCGCGAGUUUUUUCUCAUGCAGCGCAACUCCAUCCUCUACGCAGCCCAAACCAUCCAAAUCAUCCUUGUAGCUCUCGUCGCCAUGACCGCCUUCUUCCGCACCACGCUCACCGUCUCCCUGCAAGACGCCAAUUACUACCUCGGAGCCACAUUCUUCGGUGUGGUCAUGAUGCUCUUCAAUGGAUUCACGGAGCUCCCGCUGGUCAACUUCCGCCUGCCGGUGUUCUACCGCCAGAGGGACGCGUUUCUGUACCCCGCGUGGGCGUGGGCCGUGCCUCUCGAGCUGCUCUCCAUGCCCUUCUCCGCGUGGGCGUCCAUCAUCUGGACCACCUUUACGUACUAUGGCAUUGGCUUCGCACCCGAACCGGGCAGCUUCUUGCCGUUGAUCUUCUUUUCCAUCCACUCCAUCUUCUCGUCAUCCAUCCUCCCGUAUUCCCGUCUCCUUCCUCCGCUCCCCCUCCACCCCCCACUGCAGUUUCGCCGUGCAGAUGCUGCUCUUCUUCCUCAUCCACCAGCUCUCAUUCUCCGCCUCAUAGGGGCGCUGGGCCGCAACAUGGUGAUGCUGCUCUUCUUCCUCAUCCACCAGGUCUCCAUCUCCCUCUUCCGCCUCAUAGGAGCGGUGGGCCGCAGCAUGGUGGUUUCCACCACCUUUGGCUCAUUCGCCGACAUCCUCUUCGUCCUCAUGGGCGGCUUCGUCAUCGCAAAAGCCGACAUCAGCAACGUGUGGAUCUGGGCGUAUUGGCUCUCGCCUCUCAUGUACGCGCAGAACGCCCUCGCUGUCAACGAGUUCCUCGCCCCCCGCUGGAACGUCUCCGCAGGGCCGCUCUUCCCCUCCUCAGCCACCAUGGGGCAGGUGUUGCUGGAGAGCCGCUCGAUCCCAGCGGAUGGCAAGUGGGUCGGCAUUGGCGUGGCGGCACUCAUCGGCUACAUCCUGCUCUUCAACCUCCUCACUGUUGCCGCGCUCGCCUAUCUUGAUCCGUGGGACCGGCCGGCCGCAGCCGGUGGUGUCGGAGGAGCAGAUAGAGGCGAAGCAUGCCCAUGGGACCAGCCGCAACCGGUGGUGUCGGAGGAGCAAAUAGCAUGGGACCAGCCACAGCCAGUGGUGUCGGAGGAGCAGAUAGAGGCGAAGCACACCGCCCGUACGGGCGAGGUGGUGGUUGCAGCGGGCGGCAACAGGAAGCGGUCCACCCGGCAGGAUGCUGGCAGUGCUCUGGACCGCUACUGCACCAGCCACACAGGGGCCAAAGACGUGGAGUCACAGCCCGAGUCCACGGAGGGCAAGCACGGCAUGGUACUGCCGUUCGCGCCGCACUCGCUCUCCUUCCACAACGUCAGCUACUUCGUCGACAUGCCCGCCGAGAUGCGCGCCGAGGGCGCCCCCCCCGACGCGCGCCUGCAGCUGCUGCGCAACGUGUCGGGCGCCUUCCGCCCCAAAGUGCUAACAGCGCUGGUGGGCGUGUCGGGCGUGGGCAAGACGACGCUCAUGGACGUGCUGGCGGGGAGGAAAACUGGCGGGUAUAUUGAGGGGGACGUGCGCGUGUCGGGCUUCCCCAAGGUGCACUCCACGUUUGCACGCGUGGCGGGGUACUGCGAGCAGAGCGACAUUCACACGCCGCAGGUGACGGUGCACGAGAGCCUGCUCUUCUCCGCGUGGCUGCGCCUGCCGGCAGAUGUGGACGUGGAGGUGAGGGAGGAGUUUGUGGAGGAGGUGAUGGAGCUGGUGGAGCUUGAUAGUCUGCGCGACGCCAUGGUGGGGGUGCCGGGGGUCAAUGGGCUCUCCACGGAGCAGCGCAAGCGCCUCACCAUUGCCGUCGAGCUCGACGCCAACCCCUCCAUCAUCUUCCUCGAUGAGCCCACCAGCGGGCUCGAUGCACGGGCAGCGGCCAUUGUGAUGCGCACCGUGCGCAACACGGUGGACACGGGGCGCACGGUGGUGUGCACCAUUCACCAGCCCAGCAUCGACAUCUUUGAGGCCUUUGAUGAGUUGCUACUGAUGAAGCGGGGAGGCGAGGUGAUAUACAUGGGCCCCUUGGGCACGGACUCGCGGCUCAUGAUAGACUACUUCCAGGCCAUCCCAGGCGUGCCGCCCCUCCCCGCCGGCUACAACCCAGCCACGUGGAUGCUCGACAUCUCCACGCCCGCCAUGGCCGACAAACUCAACCUCGACUUUGCCGACAUCUUCCGCAAAUCAGACCAGUUCCGCCGCAACGAGGCGCUCAUCGAGUCGCUCAAGACGCCCCCGCCGGGCCAGCAGGACCUCGCCUUCGCCACUCAGUACGCCCGGAGCUACGCAUCGCAGUACACUGCUAACCUGUGGAAGCGCGCGCACAUGUACUGGCGUGCGCCGGACUACAACGCGAUGAGAUACUUUUCCAGUGUUGUCAUGGCGCUGCUGAUCGGAGGCGUGUACUGCGGGCAGGGGCAGCAGCGCAGCACGCAGCAGCAGGUGCUGAACCUGAUGGGCGCCAUGUACACGGCGGCCAUCUUCAUGGGGUGGAACAACUCCGGCUCCAUCCAGCCCAUCGUCGCCGUCGAGCGCACCGUCUUUUACCGCGAGCGCGCCGCAGGGCUGUAUGGUGCCAUCCCGUACGCCCUGGCGCAGGGGGCGAUCGAUGUGCCGUAUGUGUUGGUGCAGACGUUCAUCUACUCGCUGAUCACGUACGCGAUGAUCCAGUUUGAGUGGACGGCCAGCAAGUUCUGGUGGUACACGCUCUUCAUGUUCCUCACGCUCUUCUACUUCACGUGCUACGGCCUCAUGUCCAUCGCCAUCUCGCCCAACGAGCAGAUCUCCAUGGUCUUCUCUAGCUUCUGCGUCUCCUCCUGGAACCUUCUUUGCGGUUUCCUCAUUGCGCGACCCCACAUUCCGGUGUGGUGGCGGUGGGCCUACUGGAUCGACCCCAUCUCCUGGACCCUCUAUGGCCUCAACGCCUCACAGCUGGGAGAUGUGACGACGACCCUGCAGGUGCCAGGGGUGACCCCGGACCCAACGGUGCAGGUGUAUCUGGAGGAGGUGUUUGGCUACCAGCACUCGUGGCUCGGCUAUGUUGUGCUUGUCAACAUCGGAUUCAUCAUCCUCUUCUUUACCGUCUUCGCUUUCUCAAUCAAGAAGCUUAACUUCCAAAACCGCUAA